UUUUGAUCCUAGAAAAUAUUGUAUCCGAUGGCCUCGGUAAGUGUAUUGCACUCAGGUUUUCGCCAAGCUGCAAUUACAUCCUUUGAUCGUUGUCAUUUUUGUGGUUUUCAGACAAGUUCGAACGUCGAAAAUCUUCAUCCCCAAAUCAUCAAGCAAGUUUCCAAAGAACUAACCAGUUUAACAAACGAUCCUCCAGAAGGGAUUAAGGUUUUUGUCAACGAACAGGAUAUAACAGACAUUCAAGCAACGAUAGAAGGACCUGGUAUGGUUUUUUCGUGACGUUUUUGCUUUUGAAAUCUACGUAUUUUCUCUCUUAACAGAGGUGGAAUGGUCAUGGUGUAUAAACUUACCCUGCGAAGGCGGCUAUGCAUUUACACCAGUAAAGAUUUGUAUUCUCUUGAUUGAUCGCCACCCACAUGUAAAAUGUAAAAAGUCAGCUUGUUUGUUUUCCGUGUCUCUUUUUUAGCCGGUACACCGUAUGAAGGAGGACUUUUUCGUGUGAAACUCGUUUUGGGAAAAGAUUAUCCAACUGCUCCUCCAAAAGGUGAACUUAAGUUUAUACUUAUAAAGAUCAAUAAAUGCUUUUGAGCUUAGUAAAUUUACGUUUUGAAGUAGAUCUGUUUUGCAACUCAGUUUAACAUAGCGUGCACUGCGUGUAACAGUUACAUGUACAUUCAGUCACAUUUUGUAUUGGUUGUAUUUUGUUGGUUGUCAGAUCAUGAAUCAGCAUUCAAGUCUUUCAUUUAAGAAUAUCCCGUACAUUUCAUUUUAUUAACCACAGUUUCUACUAUUAAGCAUUAAGUAUAUGAGCUUACAUGCACAAUAAUAAUAUUUUACUGCGUUGUUGGAAGAAAAAUUCACUUAGCAUGUGUAGUAAAUAAUUCUUUAGUUAAUCAUAGUUUGUUUUGUAGAACCAGUUUUUGGCCUUAACAAUCUCUAAAAAUUUAAGACUUCUGUUGGCUCUGCUACAUUAUUGUGUGAAAACUCUCCUUUUUCAGGUUUUUUCUUGACUAAAAUAUUCCACCCAAAUGUGGCCAGUAAUGGAGAAAUCUGUGUUAAUACACUCAAAAAAGACUGGAAACAAGAUCUUGGAGUGAAACAUAUUUUACUGGUAAGUCUAUUAUAAUACUAUGUUGUUGUUAUAUUGGCGUUCUGAGAACUGCAGGACCUUUUUUGUUUGCGUAUCAUGCAGGCUUAUUUAUGAGGGCUCAAACAGUCAGCUAGUUUGACUGCCAGUGCCUAAAAAAUUUUCUUUGGCAAGCAAAAAAUGGUCUUUCUUGCCAGCUUGACCAGCUAGUCACUAUGUUAUGUCUAUUAGUAAUAACACUUAGUGAGGCAACCAAAAACUAGUAACAGUCUUAUUAUGUCCCAUACCUGCAAAAAAAGUAUCAUUAAAGAAACCAGACACACUAUUUAUCAAAGAUAGCAGUGGGAAGAACAAUGAGACUAGCCAGGUAUCCCCGUGGAUGGGCAGGGCAGAAUGACAUUGGCAGACAAAAGGUUCACAGAGGCCUGUCGACCUACUAAGUCCCAUCUAUGCCUGGAGAUAUUGAACUUUGGAAACUGGAAUGUGUAUACAAUGUUUGCAAAAAAAAAAAAUUGGCAAGGCAGUGCAAGUUACCAAGGAGAUGUGCGAAUACAGCAUCGACAUACUAGGAAUACAUGAGUGUAGAUGGACUGGUUCUUGGGUUUGAAAAAAGUCCCAUCUGUUAGUCCGGGACAAGUAGAUUUUCUUGCUGCGUAAGUAAUGUUUAACCCUUUAAACCCUAAGACUUAAGAGUGAUCAGUACCAAAUUUCUCCUUGUAAUAUCAAUGCUUUAUAAUUAUAAUACAAUGCUUUAGGAGGGUGAACCAAGUAGGGGACUACGUGUCCUAUUGUUCUCUCCCCUGUACAUUGUACGAAUCUAUAAAUAAAUAAAUAAAUAAAUAAAACAGAGUGGUCAAGAGAAUUAUGGACAUGAUCACACAUGAUGAAUAUGCUUGAUAUUUUAUCAACUUCUCCCCACUACUUCUUAGGGUUUAUAUAAGGGUUAAAGCUUACUUGGCUGAUGGGCAAGGGUCCAGGUAAGUUAUCCUCUAACAAAAUCAUUUAUUAAGACAUGCCAGAAGUGGCUCCGAACACACAAAAUGUGAGACCACCUUGAAUUCAAUAUUUUUCAAGCCCUGGAGAAAUGGUUAUGUUGUCAGGCAGAGAUCCAUGGUAGUGGAGAUAUACAAUGAUGUCCAAACUAGCAAAGUCAUGCUGGAAUAGUUGCCAUUUGAUGAGCACAUUAAAAAAGCAUGUUUCUAUUCCAAAUACAUGAAGCCAACCUUUAUUGAAGUCUUGAGUGCCAACAAUGGAAGCUGAGGAAAACGAGAUCGAUCAUUUCUAUGAGCAGCUCCAAAUGUCUUGGAAGCUGUUAGAAAGCAUGAUAUGCUCAUCUUAUGUGGUAAUAUGAAUCCUGCAGUUGGGGCUUCAAACCUUAACAGAGUAGGGAUAAUGGGAGCUCAUGAAACAGGCAAUAUCAGCGAUAAUGACGGGAAGCUCGUUGAGUUUUGCGAGAUGAACAGCUUUGUCAUCACUGUUACCAUAUUCCCUCACAAGGAGAUGCUCAAGACCAAAAAAAAAAAUGAUGGACAUCCCCCUAUGACAGAUAUCACUAUCAGAUUGAUCAUUUUCUCAUUGACAAGUUCUCCAGGAAGUCUGUCUCAUUCUGUGAUACCAGGGUUGUUUGGGGUGUAUAUGGAUGCCUAUGAUCAGCAUCCUGUGUGAAACACUAUAAAUCUCAAGUUAAAGAGGACAAACCCGCCACCCAACUCCAGAACCAGAAGCGAGGAAAGUAAGCUGCAAAUCCAAGCAGUCAGGAAUGUUUGUUCUGUCAUGCUAGGAAAUGAAUUUGCAGUCCCUAAGGUGACAGAUGAAAAUGCAAGCUAUUAAUGCACAAGGGAAUCAUUUCAGCUAGGCAUUCAGCAGCACCGCUGAAAAAGUCCUUGGUAGGAAGAAGAGGAACUCCAAACCGUGGAUAAUUCCCGGUCGAUCUUGGUCAACUGUCAAGGAAAGGAAAAAAAAAUGAAGAGCAAGAUAGCUAUAUAAUGCAAGAUCAAUGAGAAUGCAUCAACAACUGAGCCAGAGGGUGUAGUACAAAGCAAAGAUAAGGAUGUGAAAUCUAGGUUAAGGACUAAUUAGAGGGUUUAGUUGGAAAAUCAGGGACAAAUUGCAGCUGAGAACAGAAACAUGAACAGGGUUGCCACGGUCAGGGAAAAGUCAGAGAAAACUGAAAAUUUUUUAAGGUCAGGUAAAAUCUUUGGUAUUGUCAAAGUCAGUGAAAAGUCAGGGAAUUCUGUUUUCCGGUUUACAGUUCAUAAGUUUUCUUUCACUUUGAAAUACUUUUUCUUUCGGAAAAAACAAAAAGUAUGCUGCAAAGCAAGCAAAGUGAUAAAAUUUAUAGACACUCUAUGUCUUACACAAGUAGUAGUUGUGGUAAGUGGUUUUUGUUGUGAAUGCUUUCUUCCAAAGAGAAAACUAUCGAUGGCCUGCAAAAAAAGCUAAGGAGAAUGUAAACAUAGAGAAGGUCAGUGAAAACUGUUUAAAGGUCAGUGAAAAUUCAGGGAAUUUUUAACUUUCUGAUGAGUGGCCAACCCUGAUGAAGACCUUAAUGACAUAUAACAUCACUAAGCCACUGUAGUAGCACAAUCAAGGACAAAAACAGAAAUACUAUAUAGUGGAGGAAGGCAAGCCACUAGAACAGUGGAAGUGCUGAACAGUGUUCCACCAAAGAACCCCACCUUGAUCGACUUCUACCAAAUGCAGGAAAUCAAUCUAGUAUCAGCGUAGAACCCAUCAGUCUGAAGGAAUUCCAGGGAGCAAUGCUGCAAAUCGGAUAAUGACGUUAAUACAGUGGCCCAGCUUUGAAAGGUGGAUCUGGAUAUGUCAUUACACAAGUUACAGUGUAGACAGCAUCAUCAAGUAAAAAGAUAAAGGAAAAGCAACCACAUUUUACGUAGACAAUUUGUGACAGUGUAAUAACUGAUAAACUUCUCCAUCAAUGCUCUGUUUUAAGGGUAUUUAAAGCUAGUCAAAGCUACAGAGAAAGAAGAGAAGUUGAAACAAGGAUGUAAUGUCACCAGGGAUCAAACUCGGGACCUUGCGUACCGAAGGCCGCACUAACCAACUGUGCUACCCUUGCUCAAUAUGUUUGGGAGGAGGAGGUGAUCCUGGGUCAAGCAACUAUAACGACUGAGAAUGCCAAUACCUGAAUAAGGUGGAAGUUAAUGAAGCCUCUAGAAGAUCUUCUAAAGCUGCACAGCAAAUGCAGACUGAGAAAACCACCAACUUUAAGACACAGCGUUAAGGAUCAGCUUAAAAAAUCGGCAGAAAGAAGAAGGGAGUCCUUAAUAAGGUCAAUUGGAGAGGAAAAGCUGGUUGACUGAUGACAAGGCGAGGUUGUAGACUUUAUUUACUUGGGUGCAGUAUUCAGUAAUAAGGGAGGAGCAAACAAGGAUAUGCAGAACUGACUGGUGAAAGCAAAGUCCUCAUUUGGCAGGCAUCUGAAGUUCCAAAUGGUACAGUAUGAUCAAGAUGUACAACACACUAGUAAAAUCAGUCUUACUCUACAGUAGCGAGACAUGGAAGAUCAACAUCACUGACAAUGAAAAGUUGGACUUGUUCUAACACAAGCGCCUCGAGAGGAUUUUGGGGCGUAUGUGUUGUCUAUUAAUGGGCUAAACAAAUUAUACAGAUGUGAAAGGAUAAGUAUAGCAUUGAAGAGGAGAUGCUUCAAAUGGUUUGGACAUGUCCUGUGUAUGUGGACAGGACAUCACCGUGUCACUGCACUGUCUUGGACUCCUGAUAAAAGGCAAAAAGUUUUUUCAGAUGCCCUACGAUAAUGUAGGGCAAAAAUGGAGAGAGUGGUUGCAGGAUAGGGGUUAAGGGACCAAGCAAGAACUUGUGCCAGGGAUGGGGUAGUUUGGGAGGGGGGUGGGGGAAGUGUGGAAAGUGUGGAGGCCUUAUGUGCAGCAGAGCGCAAAGAGGCAAGGUCAGGUGAUUGUUCGAAAUCGCACCAUUGUGUAAAAUCUGAAAUCCUGUAUUGCUGACGUCAAUCAGCAUAGCCUCUAAAAUGUGUAAAGGUAAACUAAUUAUGUGAACUAAGUAUGUGUAAGUGGACUGGGAGAAUGCGUUUUAACCAGCAUAGGAUGACUUGGGCCUGCAUUAGGUGUACAUGAAUACACAUAAAGUCAUAUGCAUUAUUUCUUUCUUCCUUUUUUUUGUGCUAUGAGCCUCACAUUAAAUUUUACAAACAGGACAAUGGUGAUCUGAAGAUCAGCCAUAAAAUUGUUUCUGGGCCAGUGAAUAAUUAAGUAGAUCACCUACUAAUCUGCCAGUGGCCAUAAAGACAAAAGGAGAUUGUGAGCAUUUUUCAUAGACUGUAUUAUGCUUUCAUAAGCUGGUAUUGAUCACCAACUCAUUCUCUGUUGUCCUUGCCCCUUGUGCCCUGCACAUAAUUCAUAAGUUAUCUUCUGUUACUGAAGGACAUUUCUUAUAAUUGGCCAAUCAAUUAUUUCCCACUUGAGUUAUCUUCACUGUUCCCUAAUCAUUAUCUUUGUUUCUAGUCAAAAGCCUGGGGAUGCCUGAUGGCAAGUGAGAAUCAUUUAAAUGAACUUUUGUGCGUUUCUUUGUGAUGAUUUGGAUCAAGGAUCACUUGGAUCAAGGUUCAUGAAAGGAACCGACAAAUCCACUCUGGGCAAAGAUUCAUCAGUUCCUUUGAUGAACCAUGAUCAGAGUGCUGGUCAUCAUCACUGAUCUUGAUCCUGGUUAUCCUAAAGGAAUACACCCAGAGAGUGUGAAUGGUGCAAGUAUCUUAAAAAUCAUCACUCAGAACUAAAUUUUACUUGUUAUUUCAUAUUCUAAAAGGCUUAGGAUGUCUCCCUUGUUGUUUACAUUACCCUGAUACCACCUCCCCAUUAUUGUGACCAGGUUUUUAUAGCCCAAUGUUGAUUGUAUUGAUUGGGUUCCACUAUAAUAGACUAUAGCAAAUUCUUAGAUGUAGUGAAUGCCCUAAUUCUAUGCCAGUUUUUGUAACAUGGUGUGAAAACCCCGCUUUAAAGCUCUGCCUUUUAUUUUUUCCUACAGACUGUCAAAUGCCUUUUAAUAGUCCCAAAUCCUGAGUCAGCUUUAAACGAGGAAGCUGGCAAGCUCUUACUAGAGAAGUAUGACGACUACUCAAAACGAGCACAGUUGUUUACUGAUAUUCACGCAAAGAUCAAGUUAAAAGCGGAAAGCUCAGAGAAGGGAGAUGGAGUAGAAGUGAUGAUGCAAGGGAUCAAAAGAGCCAGUGACAAAGCCCUGGAUAAGAAGAAAAAAGAGAAAAAGAGGGCACUGAAAAGACUUUAACAGAUGCUAAAAGCUACUAUGGAAAUUGCAAACUGAAUUUAUCUAGAUUGUCUACUGUACAGUGUAAAUAAAUAUCAAAGCUGUGUCCUUAUAAUCAAUAUGCAAGGAAAUUAUGCCAUAUUGGUGUUAAAGUGACUUGGACUGUUGGACAUAGCCUGUGCAGUCAUUUCCUUUCCAAUGCACCUAAAGUGCAAGAAAGUAGAAAAAGUGGGAAUUUUACAUGGGAGGAAGAGAAGGAAACCUGUGGCAAGCCCAGACAUUUUGAAAAACGCCAAGCAUUGCGAUUGAUCACUUACUAUAUGCAUUGUAAAUUUAUUGUGGUCUAUAAAAAGAUCUACAUAAAAUCUGGUUUGUCUGGACAAUUUUUAGCAGAAACAACAGGGCAGUUGCAAGUCUUUUUCUCC